CAAGAAACGUCAUAAUAAAGCCAUUAAUUAAAAAUAAAUGACAAGAAGAGGCACAAUCUGCUCUGUUGCGAGGAUUGUCUUUCUGGCAAUGUUCUUCUUCUUCUUCUUCUUUACAGAUUCUAGUGUGCAUGACUUGUCCUCUGUUGCAUCUCCAUUCCAUAAUCAUGCCGUUCUUCUUUCUUCAACAACCGAUAGAUGGAAUAACAAAGAACUCGUAAGCAAAUGAGAAUGGCAAUGAUCACCAGAGCUGUAACAACAUAAUCUGUUAUAGAACGAGAGCGCUUGCACCCAAAAAGAAUUCCUAUACACACCAUGGCUAAGCCAAAGAUAUGUAUGUUAUAUGUAAUUUAUAUACAUAGCAAGAGAGAGAAAGAAACCAGUUGGGUUCUUUGCUUGAGUAAAUUGCAAAAGAUGGCUUCAAGAGGUGAACAGUUCAAUCAUUGUAUAUAAGGUUAAAGGUUUUCUUGGUGUAUCCUUGCCUUGAAUGGAAAUUGUUUGCUCACUUCUGGUUCAAGUUUGGUAUAGUCAAACGUAGGACGUUACUGUGUAGAGGAGAAAAUAAUCAAGAAUGUCUGUCUCUCUUCUACUUCAAAUUGGGUUCUUUACUUUUGGUCUGUAAAAUUGUACAGAGGAGAAAAUACCGUUGCUAUUAUUAAGAGCUCAACGUAGAUUUGAGCAUGUCUCUGUUAGGUAAACGACGCCGUCGCAUUUGCGAAAAUGGCCACUUAGUGUUCACACGUGUGAAAGUAACGACUCGAGGAAACUGAAAACCUUUUUUUUUUGCCCUUUUCCGUCGAAGGAGAGGAAGAAGAACGAUACGAAUGUUUGCUUCCAGUUCUAUCUUUCUCUUGAGAUGCAGAACAAACCGUGUGCUCACAUAUGUGAAUUUGAAAGUGAACUCAAAGCCAGCCAGUUACUUUCAGGGACACUGUUCUUAUUAUAGUUUCAGCUUCAAUAAGAUGGCUGGGCCAGAAGUUAGGUUAGCUGGCAUGGAUAGGAACAAGAAGCAAAAAACAGUCACUCAACUAUGGAGACCAAUCUCUGUUAAAGCCAGUUCUGCUGAAGAAUCCCUUAUAAAGGAUGUGACUAUUGAGUCAGAAGACGGAGGUCAACUUCAAAAGGUACACAGCAGCGCAUCUAGCUCCAUUCCAAAUACUCAAGAAGUCAUGAAAGUUGUUGACUCUGUAACUGAAGUAACUCAAACAACUGUCACUUUUAGCACCGUGGAUAAUAAUGUUGAAGAUAGAACUUUGGAAGGAGAGUCCAUGAUUUCUGUAGAGAAGCAUUCCCUUUCAGUCGAGGUAGGUGCUUCUCUAUUUCGGUUUAUCAAAGGAAAAGGAGGAUCUACACAGCAAAAAAUUGAAAAGGAGAUGGGAGUUAAGAUUAUAAUUCCAGCAUCAAAGAAGGAGGAAUCCAUUAUCAUUGAAGGCAAUUCAGUUGACACUGUAACUCGUGCUUCAGAAAAGAUACAGAUUAUUAUAGAUGAGGCAGUUAAUAGCCCAACUCUCGAUUACUCUCACUUCAUAUCUCUUCCUUUGGCUAUACACCCAGAGUUGGUUGAUAAGCUAGUCAAAUUUCAGAACUUCAUAUUGGGAAAUAGUGAUGCUUCUGUGGAUGAGACCAUGGAGAGUGAUUCCAAUGAAGAUGCUUCUGACGCUGAAGACAAGGACCAAGAGUUAAGUAAAGGAUCUGAUGUUGCAGUUGAACUUAAAGUUGAAGAUGACAAUCAUGUUAAAGUGGAUCUAACUAGCAUACCUCUUGUUAGUUAUGCAUCUAAAGCAUCCAAGUCACCUACUUUAUCUGAUUUGGGAAUAGAUAAAUCGAUAUUUAUCAAACCUAAGACAUUUCACUUAACUGUGCUCAUGUUGAAGCUGUGGAACAAGGAGCGAGUCACUGCAGCUUCAGAGGUUCUGAAGAGUAUAUCCUCAAAAGUGAUGGAUGCAUUGGAUCAUCGACCGGUCUCUGUAAGGCUUAAGGGGCUAGAUUGUAUGCGAGGUUCCAUGGCAAAAGCCCGUGUUCUUUAUGCCUCUGUGGAAGAAAUUGGAAAUGAGGGACGACUAUUACAAGCUUGUCAGGUCAUUACUGAUGCAUUUGUUGAGGCUGGACUUGUCCUGGAGAAAGAUGCUAAACAAAAGUUAAAGCAAUGUAGCAACAUAUCAUUGACUACGUCUUGCUGUCCCUUUAGUCUCAAAGCACUGAUGUUAACAAUUUGUUUCACUCGAAACGCAGUUGCAUGCUACGGUGAUGAAUGCAAGGCAUAGGAAAGGGAAGAAGAGAAGAAAGAAAUACGAUUCCUUUGAUGCUAGAGGCAUUUUCAAGCAGUUUGGUUCAGAAGAAUGGGGAGAUUAUCUCAUACGCGAAGCUCAUCUUUCUCAACGUUUUAUGUUUGAUGAAAAUGGAUAUUAUCAUUGUUGUGCUUCAAUACCUUUUCCUGAAAGCAUGCAAGCGGAUUGAUCAUUUUGAAAAAUUCCAAUCUGAACUUUUCUCGAGUAGGAAACUAGCUAAGUUGUAGUAAUAAAAUAUAUUAAUAUUUGUGUUGCAUUACAUGUAUAUGCUUGUUUUCUUUAUUUCAGCUUCCAGAUUUGUAGCUUUCCUUGU